CCCUCACAACCUUAGCCCAAAGACGACAGCAAAUCAAACUGUGUUCCUGUUCUUUCAUUCUUUUUCAUUUUUUUUCAUUUUCUUUACAUUUCUGGGUUGGCUCAAAGAGGAAACGGCCAUAACACACUGCGAGAGCCAAAGAGGUCCCGUCAUGGAUGGUGGGGACAUAUACAGGGCGAGCAACAGCCUGAGAAGGGCGGGCAGCACCUCCUCUGUAUGGAGGAGCGGCGGGAUGGACGCAUUCUCGAGGUCCUCGAUGGAUGACGACGACGAGGAGGCCCUCAAAUGGGCCGCCCUUGAGAAGCUCCCCACCUUCGACCGCCUCAGGAAAGGGAUCCUCACGGCCUCCAAUGGGGCUGGUAACGAGAUCGACAUCCACAACCUGGGCAUCCACGAGCGACGUACCCUCAUGGAGCGACUCAUCAGGGUCACCGAGGAGGAUAAUGAACGGUUCCUGCUGAAGCUCAAGGACCGUAUCGACCGAGUCGGGAUUGAUCUUCCUACUAUCGAAGUCAGAUAUGAACAUCUGAGCGUGGAGGCAGAGGCCCAUGUCGGAGGCAGAGCUCUGCCAACUUUCUUCAACUUCACCGUCAACAUAGUUGAGGGAUUCUUGAAUUUCUUGCACAUACUUCCCAGUAAGAAGAAGAGCAUAACAAUCCUUCAAGAUGUUAGUGGAAUCAUCAAACCUUGCAGAAUGACCCUGCUACUGGGUCCUCCUAGUUCAGGAAAGACGACUCUCUUGUUGGCUAUGGCCGGGAAGCUUGACAAAGAAUUAAAGACUAGUGGAAGGGUGAUAUACAACGGGCAUGGGCUGAAUGAGUUUGUGCCCCAAAGAACAGCUGCUUAUAUCAGCCAACACGACCUCCAUAUCGGAGAGAUGACUGUCAGAGAGACUCUCACCUUCUCAGCUCGAUGUCAGGGUGUCGGGACCCGAUACGAUAUGUUGGCAGAGUUGUCGAGGAGGGAGAAGGCAGCAAAUAUAAAACCCAACCCAGACAUCGACAUUUACAUGAAGGCAGCAGCAACAGAAGGCCAAGAGGCCCAUGUGGUUACAGAUUACGUGCUUAAGAUUUUGGGAUUAGAGGUAUGUGCAGAUACUAUGGUAGGAGAUGAAAUGCUGCGGGGUAUUUCUGGUGGGCAAAGGAAGCGUGUUACCACGGGCGAAAUGCUUGUCGGACCAGCAAAGGCGCUGUUUAUGGAUGAGAUCUCAACUGGGCUCGACAGCUCUACGACUUACCAGAUCGUGAACUCGCUCAAACAGAUCGUUCACAUCCUCCAGGGGACUGCUGUCAUAUCUCUGCUCCAGCCAGCUCCCGAAACUUACGAUCUGUUUGAUGAUAUUAUCUUGAUAUCAGAUGGUCAGAUAGUGUAUCAGGGUCCACGGGAACUGGUCCUAGAGUUCUUUGAGUCCAUGGGAUUCCAGUGCCCCAAGAGGAAAGGAGUCGCUGAUUUCUUGCAGGAAGUGACAUCCAGGAAGGAUCAGCAGCAGUAUUGGGCCCGGAGGGACGAGCCUUACAGUUUUGUGACGGUUCGGGAAUUUGCUGAGGCAUUUCAAUCGUUCCAUGUUGGAAGAAAGGUUGGGGAUGAGCUGUCAACUCCGUUUGACCGAAGCAAGUGCCACCCCGCUGCUCUAGUGACCCAAAAGUACGGUAUCGGGAAGAAAGAACUCUUGAAGGCUAACAUCUCAAGAGAGUACUUGCUCAUGAAGAGGAACUCAUUUGUUUACAUCUUCAAGCUUGUCCAACUUGCGAUUAUGGCUUUAAUUUCAAUGACGCUCUUCUUGAGGACUGAGAUGCACCGAGAUUCCAUAACCGACGGAGGGAUUUAUACCGGAGUACUGUUCUUCACAGUCACUAUGAUUAUGUUCAACGGCAUGUCUGAACUCUCAAUGACAAUCGCAAAGCUUCCUGUCUUCUACAAGCAAAGGGAUCUACUCUUCUACCCAGCGUGGUCUUACGCUCUCCCGACAUGGAUCCUAAAGAUCCCCAUUACGUUCGUGGAAGUGGGUGUAUGCGUUUUCAUUACUUACUAUGUGAUCGGGUUCGAUCCUAAUGUAGGAAGGUUGUUUAAGCAAUACCUUCUUCUAAUACUCGUCAAUCAGAUGGCUUCGGCUCUGUUCCGAUUAAUUGGCGCGAUGGGAAGGAACUUGAUUGUUGCAAACACGUUUGGUUCAUUUGCUUUGCUCACUCUCUUUGCCCUGGGUGGAGUAGUCCUCUCACGAGAGCAAGUGAAGAAAUGGUGGAUAUGGGGCUACUGGGCAUCACCCUUGAUGUACGGGCAAAACGCGAUUGUUGUGAACGAGUUCUUGGGGAAGAGUUGGAGCCAUAUACCUCCGAACACAAUGGAACCCCUUGGAAUCCAAGUCCUAAAAGCCCGCGGCUUCUUCACUGAUGCGUAUUGGUACUGGAUUGGAGUUGGGGCUUUGUUCGGAUUUGUGAUACUUUUCAAUUUUGGAUUCUCGAUAGCUCUGGCUUAUCUUAACCCAUUUGGAAAUUCCAAGACCAUUAAAUCAGACGAUAACGAGGAAACUGCUAGAGGAGCCAUCGAACUGUCAGUACCAGGAGGUGGAUCUAGUCACAGACGGGGAUCAGAAAAUGUGGAGAUUAGGAGGGGAAGCAGAAAUUUGUCGAGGAUUUCAUCUGAUAGGCCGGCUUUCAAUACUAACGGGAGAAGAGGAAUGGUUCUUCCGUUCCAGCAGCACUCGAUAACCUUCGAUGAGAUUAAAUACUCUGUCGAUAUGCCAGAGGAAAUGAGGAGUCAGGGUGUUAAGGAGGACAAACUGGUGCUCCUAAAGGAAGUGAGCGGCGCUUUCAGGCCGGGAGUUCUCACAGCUCUUAUGGGCGUCAGUGGUGCCGGUAAGACUACCCUUAUGGAUGUCUUAGCAGGUAGAAAGACUGGAGGAUACAUAGAGGGCAAUAUCACAAUUUCCGGGUAUCCGAAAAAGCAGGAAACUUUUGCUCGGAUUGCGGGUUACUGUGAGCAGAAUGAUAUCCACUCUCCUCUCGUGACCGUGUAUGAGUCCCUGCUUUACUCUGCCUGGCUUCGUCUUCCAUCCGACGUCAACAGCGACACCCGAAAGAUGUUUAUCGAGGAAGUGAUGGAACUUGUGGAGCUCAAACCAUUGAGAAACGCAAUGGUUGGCUUACCCGGCGUGAACGGCCUCUCCACAGAGCAACGGAAGAGGCUUACAAUAGCGGUCGAAUUGGUGGCAAACCCAUCCAUAAUCUUCAUGGAUGAGCCCACCUCAGGACUUGAUGCCAGAGCUGCUGCCAUCGUAAUGAGAACUGUCAGAAACACUGUGGACACAGGAAGAACGGUCGUCUGCACGAUCCAUCAGCCGAGUAUCGAUAUCUUUGAAGCCUUUGAUGAGCUUUUCUUGAUGAAGCGAGGAGGGGAAGAAAUAUACGUUGGUCCAUUGGGUCGUAACUCUAGUCAAUUGAUACAGUACUUCGAGGGAAUUGAAGGGGUUAGCCAGAUUAAAGACGGAUAUAACCCGGCGACAUGGAUGCUUGAAGUUACGACUAAUGCACAAGAGAUGGCUCUGGGAGUCGACUUUGCUGAUUUGUAUAAACGAUCAGACUUGUACAGGAGUAACAAGGCUCUGAUCAAGGAACUUAGUGUACCUGCUCCCGGUUCUUCGGACCUCUACUUCCCGACACAGUAUUCGCAAUCAUUGUUCACACAGUGCAUGGCCUGUCUAUGGAAGCAGAGCUGGUCUUACUGGAGGAACCCGCCCUACACAGCUGUUCGGUUCCUCUUCACAACCAUCAUCGCUCUUAUGUUCGGGACAAUGUUCUGGGACCUUGGAUCGCGAAGGAAAACGCAACAAGAUCUAAACAAUGCGAUGGGCUCGAUGUAUGCUUCUGUUCUCUUCCUUGGUGUCCAGAACUGCUCGUCCGUGCAGCCUGUGGUGGCGGUUGAACGGACAGUAUUCUAUAGGGAAAGAGCUGCUGGAAUGUACUCAGCCUUGCCAUAUGCUGUAGCACAGGUUCUGAUCGAAAUCCCCUACAUCCUCGUACAAGCAGUGACAUAUGGAGUGCUAGUGUAUGCGAUGAUGGGAUUCGAGUGGACCGUUGUGAAGUUCUUCUGGUUCCUCUUCUUCAUGUACUUCACAUUGCUCUACUUCACCUUCUAUGGCAUGAUGGCAGUGGCUGUGACCCCGAACUACCAUAUAGCUUCCAUAGUCUCUGGUGCCUUCUACGGGCUGUGGAAUCUCUUCUCGGGAUUCAUCAUCCCACGAACGAGGAUGCCGGUUUGGUGGAGGUGGUACUACUGGGCAUGCCCGGUUUCCUGGACCCUGUACGGACUAGUCGCAUCGCAGUUUGGUGAUAUAAAGACGACCUUUGAUGAUGGCCAAAGCGUGGAAGCGUACGUUAGAGAGUAUCUCGGAUAUAGACAUGAUUUCCUUGGAGUGGUUGCAGCUGUGGUGGUGGGAUUCACCGUUCUAUUUGCAGCUACAUUUGCAAUUUCGAUCAAGGUGCUCAACUUCCAAAGGAGAUAAGGAACCCGAAUAGCUUGAUACCGCUUAAUAAUUUAGUUGACUAGAACUAGAGAUGCAUGUUUUAAGAGCCUAGCUGUAUAUUUUCCUUCUUAAAUGUUCAAUUAAGUUGUGUGAUCUUAUGUAGAAAUUGUUCAUCUUCUAACGAAGAAAUUGAAGUGAUUUUUUUGUUCUUACA